UUCUCGCAACUAAAUUACCAGUAAGAUAUCAAAUACCUUCAAUCUCUUGGCUGUACAUCCCAAUUUCAUCCCGAUUGUUUUCGCUUGCCAACUCAAUUCUUCUGUUCGUAAACCCUAAUCUUGCUUUUGGAUUGUGGAAUUUGAUCUCUUUUCUACUCCAAUGGCUACUGAGGAACCGGUCGUGCCGGUGGAGUCUGCGGCAGAGCCGACCAACGCUGAACCAGCAGAAGAGAAUCCAGCUAACAAGGCCGCGAAGUCGAAGAAGUCCAAAGAACCUAAAGAGAAGAAGCCUGCUGCUGCUGCUGCUAGAAAAACUAGAAAUCCUCCAACUCAUCCUCCGUAUGAAGAGAUGAUUAAGGAUGCAAUCGUCACGUUGAAAGAGAGAACUGGUUCGAGUCAGUAUGCGAUCACCAAAUUUAUUGAGGAGAAGCAGAAACAACUUCCUUCCAACUUUAAGAAGCUUUUGUUAUUCCAUUUGAAGAAACUUGUGGCUUCCGGGAAGUUGGUGAAGGUUAAGAGUUCAUUUAAGCUUAAGUCGGCGAAGUCGGCGAUUGUGAAACCUGCUUCUCCUGCCAAGAAGCCUGCAGCUGCGAAGCCUAAACCAAAAGCGGCCGCUAAGACUAAGGCUGUGGCUAAAUCUUCAGCGAAGCCGAAAGCCGCUGCAAAGCCGAAGCCGAAGACGGCUGCCAAGCCUAAGGCUGCUGCUAAACCUAAGCCUACGGCAGCCAAGUCGAAGAGCAGUGUUGUUGCGAAGCCCAAAGCUGCAUCGAAGACUAAAGCCGCUCCCAAGCCGAAAGCCAAGGAGAAGCCUGCCAAGGCUUCAAGGACAUCGACGAGAACCUCACCAGGGAAGAAGGCACCAGCUCCGAAACCGGCGGUGAAGAAAGCACCGGCGUCAAAGAAGGCACCGGCAAAAAGUGUUCCGGCUAAGAAAGUGAAAUCGCCGGCAAGAAAGGCUCCUGCUAGAAGAGCAAAGAAGUAAAGGAAAUAGAAGGAAUCUAGAAUUCGUAGCGGCGGUCCUGUAAAUCCGUUAUCGUACUGGGUGUAUCGACCCUUACAUGCCGUGCUAUAGAGGAGUCUUACUUUUCGAAUUUUUCUUUUAUUUGUUUAUUUGGUAGACCUUUCACCAAGAUGAUGUAUCGCUCAGCUUAGUUUUAAUGGAAAUUGUGUUAUCAAUUAGGAGCGUCGAUUUCGGUUCUCAACCAGUGGUUUCAAUGGGCAAA